UUGUCGUACUCUAGGCAACGUCUUUCUCGUCCUGCUCGUCUUUAUUCAACUCCCACAAAGACAGCAAAUGCGCCUGUCACCGCAUUCGCCCAAGUCCCUCUCCCCCAUCCGGAUUAUCCUUCCCUGUUGGCUCAGAGGGAAGUACCAGCAAACCACCUUGUAGCUAUGAAUGGCUUUCUGAAGCGCAGAACCCCGUACACAAUCCUGCCAACCCCCCUUCCAGAUGACCGUGCUUCAGCUUUGAACAGCUUCUACUUCACUGAUUCUCCAACUCAGGACCAGCUCGCUGUCAUGGAUGCAUGUUUGCAUAACCUGUAUGACGUUCCCCGUGCAAAGCAGAUCUUCGAGCAGCUUAGAACCACA